AUGAGAGCAGAUUACCAAAUGAAUUUUUAUUUAUUACUAACAUCACUUACUGUUUCGUCUGCUACAACUACUCCUGUAUCCACUUCAACUGCAACUUUUAUCCGUUCGAAACGGUACCAUUGUGAGGAAGAGAUUCUCGACGCACAACGGACCGACGAAGAGGCUAAUGAUAAACAAGAGGAAUUGGUAGACGCUGAUCAAUUGUAUGAUGGCAAUGAGGAUACGUGCAAAGCGCGGUGUGAUGCGCAGUGGAAGAGUGACUUUAAUGUUCGUUUUUCAUGCAAAAUAAUGCUGAUGGCAAUGGCGGUUAUGAUGCGAUAUUCAAUGAACCCAUCAUUUAAGCAUUCAUUAAGGUUUUCUUUAGCCAAUCAAGUAUUAAACUACUGA